UGAUUCAUUGGUGAUUCAUUGACGAUUCGUUGAGUUUGUCGAUUGUUGACUGGUUUACUGAUAUUUGGAUAUGAAAUGGCUGAAAGUGCAUUUGAAGACGACCUGAAAUUUUCGCUUUUAGUUGAAGGUGUAGUCAGAAAGGCUCAGACUGAGACAACAAAUGAGAGGUCAGAAAUAAUUCGUGAUGUAAUAAGGUUUCAUAUUAACACCUGGCUCGAUCAGGUAGAACAAAUUAACCCUCUUUAUAAAGUAUCAGAAUUAAUUCCAGUUGGAAGUUACGCCGAGGGAACUAAAAUAAUACAUGCAGACGAAUUUGACUAUUUAGCUGUCAUUGAAGAAUUGUCAAAACCGGAUGUGAUAGAAAUAGAUACAAGUGAAAGCGAUAUUAAUAAAGGCUUGGUAAAAGUCGUAUUAGCAGACGAAGAAUCCAAAGUUGAAAAUGGAGCGGACUUUGUAAAGACGGUCAUUUGAAAUGUUUUCAACCCAUUGACUUCCCUGUACUCGGUGAAAAAAGAUUUGGACAUGUUGUUAUCGACUCGGUCUGGAAGUUUAUCAGAAACUUGAAACAAAAAGGACCAUUAUCAAGGGCGCCAACUGUCAUAGAUAUUUGCAAAAUUCUCUUACCUGCCGUGAAUGGUGUGUCUUUACUUUUCACAGGUGCUGAUUUUAGAGCACCCAAUGUUAUUCUAAACUUUGAAGACGAGAACAGGAAGGUAUCGGUCGAUGUUUCACCAGCAAUAAGAUACCAUAAAAUCCACGACUGUUUCAAAGUUGAGGACUGCUCUUGUCCACAGUUUGCUGAACUUAUUCUUCUACGCAAAUCCCUAUUGUUUGUCGGAACUGAAAGUGAAUCUGAUUUUAAAGUGACUGUAACGGAAGCAGAGGUUGAAUUCAUAUUGACUGUCAUGAAACCCGAGCACAAGAUCAUCUAUGUAUUUCUCAAGUAUAUAGUAAAAUUAUACGAGAGAGUACUUAUGGAAACAUUUACCUCAUAUAUGAUGAAAACUGUGUGUAUCCACCACGACAUUAAAUGUGAAAAGGACGAUAUAUCUAUUAAAGAUUGUUUACAAUUAGUCAUGAAUGAUCUAAAUGUUUGCAGGCAGCAAUCUUUUGUUAUAAGUAUAGUAAAUAAACAUAUUCACCUUUUUCAUACUUACCUGGACAGAAAAAGAAUAGAAAAAGACAGAGAGUGCUUACUUCAAGGCAUGACUGCAAUGUGUGAGCUAUCUCCAGAAAUUGAAACCGUUGAAGACUUUGAUACAUUUAUGAAGCGGGUUGUUGACAGCGAGCGUCAGAAAAGAUAUAUAGCUAAAAUGGAAGAAGAUAAACUAAACAGAGAACACACUGAAGGCUUUUACAAAGAAGUUAAUGAAAGUAUUUCAAAUAUUGUUGCUAUGGGUUACGAUCCUGAUGAAGUGAAAAAAGUUAUGGAAAAGGCUUACCUUAUGUAUGAUUCUGAAUCAGCUCUUAAAAUUCUUCAAAAGCGUGCCAGGAAGCGAGAGGAGAAAAAGGCUAAAGUCACUGAUGACUUUUCUAUAUCUGGUGGCAUUUCCAUGCAUGUCUCUGAGACGAAUUCUAUCACUGAAAACUGUUCUGGUGAUGGUGUGCCUGAAAGACUUUCCGUGUCGGUAAAUACGUCUCUUGAUGGGAGCUCACAUUCUGAAGAAUUUCCCCUUGCUGUUUACGAUCCCCAAAAAACUACGGUCACACAUGAAAUUUUGUACCAAAGGAAAAAAGAUGUUUAACGUUUUAAGAACAAGGGACAAUGUGAUGCUGAUCGAUAUAGCAAUGGUAUAUAUAAGUGGGACUAAAAAAGGAUUGGAACACCACACUAAAUACCGUAUUCAGGUAUAUACCGGACAAGGCGCUUGAAUGAUAAAGUGCUAAAAUAUUGCCUUUUUACCCAAAGGAAUGAACUUAAAAAGGUCUAAUCCAUCUUUUUACACAGAUUUAUGCAUGAUGAUGAAUGAAAAAUGUAAAAAAUCUCCGAAAAAACGAUAUUUGUCUAUUUUGUGAUCAUGAUUUCUGCAAUCGUCUAGAGGUACUGCUCCAAUCCUGUAUUGAGUUAAGAGAGUGUUACUGACAUUGACUUCAGUCAGUUAAGAGUACUGGUGUGUUAUUUCACAACGAAAAGCAACACACUCAAAUACACACCCAAAUGCGUUAACAUCGAGGCAUAAAAACACUAACUCACAGGGCGAGCGAUUUAAUGUCAGAGGGCUUUUAUUGCAGAUGUUAAUGCACGAAAAAUGGUGCAUGAUUGCAUGAAAGUACAAAGCAAUCGAACGAAAAACAGUGCAUUGUUGUACUAUUAUGCAAGAAAAAAUAAUAUUUAGUACAGUUUAAAGUUAAUUAGUUCGUAUUUAUGAAAUUAAAUUGGCCAGUCGCGGCGCAGUAGAUCUAGUGUUUUAAAUUAUUUUUAAAUGGUCGAUUUACAAGACUGGUUAACAGUUUGCCGAUUUACCAAAGUAAAUGCAUUAAGAUUCAUUUAAAAUGCUACAAUCCUUUUGGGCAAAAAUUAAUUUCAAACACUAAUUUCUAUUCUUACUUGCUACUAAAGAAGAGAAUUGAUAAAAUAUGUUGAACUACAUUAAAUGUUAGCAUAGAAGUAAUUUUCCUGACGUCAUUUGGUUUUUUAACGUCAUAUUUGACGUCAUGUGACACCGAUGUAAGGCUAAUUUAAAGCGUGCUAGAAUGCAUAUUUUUCGUUAAUGUAUACAUGCGCGCCAAGUUUUUAUGCAAGAAUGCUCUAAAAUAAAAGCUUUAAAAAUGUCGAAAUUUAGUGGUUUAAUAUUUAUCAGAGAUAUAUACAGUAGGCCCUCAAAGAUUCUAUUUUAUCUUAAAUGUCUGUGUUUAGUUUACCCCGAAUUACUUCUACACUAUACUAGAUACAAUUUAUUAUAUGUAGGUGUAUUUGUAAUUAUAAGAAUCUAAAAGCUACAGCACAAGGUCAACAACAAUUAUGAAUAAAUGUAUAAAUACAUGCUAGAACAGUUUACAUUAUUCUGUGUUACAUUUGUAUCUUGUUCAUUAGAAUGUUGUUUUUUUUCUUUGGUUUGCACGAUACAAAAAUUGACAGAAUCAUGUGUGAUAGAUCUAGGUCAAAUGUUUGUUUUCCUUCAUUUUUUAUGCCAUCUUUUUAUUAACCCACCUGUCACAGUGACAGGCUGAACUGUUUAAUAAAGUGGCUGCUAGAGCUUAAAUUAGAAAACAACAUCUAAACAACAUCUCAGCCACUGGUUCAAUUUUGAAAUAGUUUUACACAAAAAUUUUCUUGGUGACAGUGUACAAAAGUUGUUUAAAGCGUGCUUCUUGGAGGAAAAGGGGCUCUACUUUGACCGUUUGACCUAUUUCUUAUGGGAGCAAUCCAGGGCCCUCUUGGCCCUCGUGUUUGCUUUUAAGCUUGCAAAGGCCCGAUGAAUGCAUAUUUGACAAUGUUUUUCUUUCAAUGCACAUCAGUCUAUAAACUAUAAAUGUGUGUGAAAUCACAGCUGCACGCGCUACAUAUUUUCCGACAUUGAAUAAUAAGAAUAAAAAUAUUAUGACAGGACAGCAUAGUUAUUUUUUUCCCGUUUUUCUCCCCCCCCCCCCCAUCUAAGUGUGAUUUUGACCUUCGGGAUAGGGUUCUAUGUCUCGUGCCUGUCACACUGUUACGUCGUACAUAACAAGUGUGUCAAAAACCUUCCAAAAUCCCUUGAGGUAUGACCAAGUUAUGGGCUAGAUAAGGGUUAAGAACACACGUACUAAAGCCCGUCUCACACAAAACGCGGUUGGGCACACGGUUCCCAUACGGUAUACUCGGUUGUACACGGAUUGACUGGUACGAGUUUUGAGCUCCAACUGUGCUAGGGGAUUAGUUGGCACGAGUUAGACACGAAUAUAGCACGAGUAUGUACGAAUUGAGCACGGAUAUACUCGGUCAAACAAGGUUUGAACACGAUUUGCAUACGAAUACAUACGACUGUUGUACGGUUCAAAGUACGGUCUAGUACGGUUUGGUACGAUUAAACACGACUUUUACUCGACUUUCGUAGGAUUUACAUAGGGUCCCGCCUACUUUUGUUCGAGUCAUGCUCGAAAUAUCACACAUUUGUGUAAGUUUGAUAUAAAUUAACCCAUUUUGAUGACUUGGCUUCAUAAAUUUCGAAAUUUCAACGAAGAACACCUAUAUAUAGAUCAUUAACAUUAAUAAAUGAAUAAAAAGGUGAAGCAAUGUAAAAUGUGUCUUUUUUUCUUGGGGGCGACGAGCUGGCAUGGGAGUCUGAAUCCCUGGGAGACAUGGGUAUUGCAGGUUGGUCCUCCAGCUCAUCAGGGUCAAUAAGUUGUAGUGGUCGGUGGGCCUGGAUGGCCCUUCUAGUAUUCAUUAUGUGCGUCCAAACCUUCUUCUUUGGAUACAUUCUAGUGUGAUGCAGCAAGUAUUCUUGGUAAGGUGGCAGCAGGUAGUUGUGUUAUUUUGUACCGUUCUUGCUGACGUAGAGGCCACGUUAGACCGUACGAGGCAGUGUGAGACCUUUUAUACCCGUACUAUACCGUGUCGGCCAUGUAUGUUUCGUACAUUAACCGUAUAAGUCGUAUGGCGAUCGUAUGAAACCGUGUGUGCACUCGUUUGAAUCGUACCGUGACCUUGUGAUAUCCGGGUGUUAAUCGGGUGUUGGAUUUAGGACUUAGGGACGGUCUCGAACGAUUCCAUACGAUUUAUAUACGACCUUGAUACGGUUGGGCUCACUCGUGGAGUGGACUUCACAUACGGCUGUAUAUACGGUCUCAUAUGGUCUCACACGGUCUUGUACGGUCGCUUAUACGGUCAUACACGGACAUGGCAUCCGUACUAGUUAUUUAUAAGUUUUUAAAAAUCAUACACGGCUUACACGGAUACACUCGAAUUGCCCGAGUGUAACUCGGAUAACGCUACGGUUUGUUCGGUUGUAUAUACGGUUUACACGGGUGGCCAACCGUAUAAGCCGUGUGUCCUGUUUGAGAUGGGCUUAAUCUACACACACACGAACGCGCAAAUUGAUGUACAGACAUUAUCAGAACAAAACAGAAAGUUUAUUUAGUCGUAUGCAUGGUACAGCAUAUAGAUAUAUUCAAACAAUUUAUACAUGCAAUACAUGGCAAUAAUAUGUAUAAAUAAACAUGGUAUCAUAUUUACAAGAGUGUUGUAUUUUAUCAUGGCGUAGGAAUAAAAAAGAGUAUAAGCUCUAAGCGCCAGUAAGAGGAAAACG